CUCCAGCAUUUUCUUGAUUAAUUUUUGUCGACCUCUUUCGUUUUUCACAGCUCUGUUUUUCUCUGCCGCUCGAGAGCUUUGCCCUGCUCUCUCUCUCUAUGUACCUGCUCUCAGCUCCCCUCCCUGAUAGACCAACAGAAACGAACGUAAAGCCGAUGAUCAAUAUUAUCUGCUGCUCCAAAAGCCAACUCUCAAACUAGAAAUACGGGAAAACCUUUGCUUCGAGGCAUUGAAGUUAUUAAAGUCGGGUCAAAGGGGAUUAGUUAUUUUAUUUUUUCCUUCCGAUUACGCGAAGUUUCUUCGUAAGAAAAAAUUUAUUCGGCUGAGAGCCCGAGAAUCAGAGUAUAAGAUUUUUCCCAGGAUUUUAGUUCUUUUGGAGGAAAGGUUAUAUAUUUGCUGCUUUAAUUUCGCAGACUCUCAGAACACUGUCCAUCAACGCGUCCUUGUUUAUACAUGGGAUCGUAGAGGUGGAUCGUUGUGGAGGUGUUGUCGCUGUCGCCCUGUUUUUCUUGCUAAUCACGUUGCGAUGAAGUGAAGUUGAUACAAUAUUUUGUCUCGUGCAAUUUUUCGAGAUAUUUUACGAUGGAUUCUGUUAAGCCAUCGGCCAUGAAACCUGCUGGAAGUAAAUUGGCACGAACCUUUGCCAAAGUUCUUCACCUUCGGAUGGCAACCGGAGUUGCUCCAGUUGAUGGAAAGAAGGUCAAGCCCAAAGAAAUGGCCAAGAAAGAUUGGAAUGUUAGCAAGAGUGCAGCCCGGGCGGCUAGUCGGUCUCGGCCUCAUGACGAAGAAGAAGAAGAGCUCAAGAAUAAGGUGGCCUUAGAAGCUGUUCUUGCCAAACUGUUUGCUAGCAUUUCAUCCAUUAAAGCCGCGUAUGCUCAGUUACAGCAUUCUCAGUCUCCUUAUGAUGCUGAUGGGAUUCAAGCUGCUGACAAAAUAGUAGUCUCGGAGUUGAAGAGUUUGUCUGAAUUGAAGCAGAGUUACUCGAAGAAACUGUUCGAUGCUUCACCGGAGAAGGCAAUGGUUUUGGCUGAAAUUCAUGAGCAAAAAAGUGUCCUGAAAACCUAUGAAAUAAUGGGGAAGAAGUUGGAAUCUCAGUUGAGGCUCAAGGAUUCUGAAAUGAUAUUUCUCAAAGAGAAAUUGCAGGAAGCCACCAAACAGAACAGGUCACUUGAGAAGAGAUUAAACCAAAGUGGGCAGUUACAUGUGCUCGAUAAUCUUCACCAUUCAGGCUUGACUGCUGCCCAUUUUAUAACACUUCUCCGGCUCACUGUCAAGUCCAUUCGAAGCUUCGUCAGGUUGAUGGUGGAGGAGAUGAAAGAUGCUAGUUGGGAUAUCGAUGCGGCAGCAAAUGCAAUCGUACCUGGAGUGGUUUAUCGGAAAGAUGAUCACAAAUGCUUCGCUUUCGAGUCCUUCGUUUGCAUGCAAAUGUUUGAGUCCUUCAAUUAUCCAUACUUCUCUCUUACGGGUAAAUCUUUGCCAGAUAAGAAGCAGGAGCAACAACUAUUUUUCAGGCGAUUCAUGGAACUGAAAUCUGUGAAACUAAAGGCGUUUCUAGGCCAGAAGCUUAAAUCAAAGUUCGCAAAGUUUUGCCUUGUUAAGUACGUGAGACUUGUCAAUCCCAAGUUGGAAUCAUCGUUGUUUGGUAAUCUUGAUCAAAGAAAUCUGGUGAAUGUUGGUGAAUUCCCAAACACUGCCUUCUUUGCUUCAUUCCUUGAAAUGGCAAGGCGGGUUUGGCUGCUUCACUGCUUGGCAUUUUCUUUUAAGCACGAGGCCUCAAUCUUUCAAGUUAGCAAGGGAUGUAGAUUUUCAGAAGUGUACAUGGAAAGUGUAGCAGAAGAAGAGGCAUUCCUUCCGUCCGAGGACACACCGGAAUCCGACCCAUCAUCGGUUGCAUUCACAGUUGUUCCUGGGUUCAGGAUAGAUGAAACUGUUAUACAGUGCCAGGUCUAUCUGUCUCGAGUUCAAAUCAAGGUAGUAUCCAAAAAACAGAGAUAGCUGCACUUCAGUAAACAAAUGCGAGAGAAUUAUGCUCCUUUCAUCUUGAAUUCGAUCGUUUUCAAUCAUGUUUUAACCGAUUUUGUAUAUUUCGUUGUUUCAUAAAUCAAUCAAGGCUGUUUAAAUUGUAAUGUAUCAGCUGGUAUGUUUAGAAAUAAUAGAAUUAAUUACUAUAAAGAACAA